AUGGGAAACAGCAUAACUGCAAGGAGAAAGAAAGCAAAAGUGAUGAAGAUAGACGGCGAGAUUUUCCGAAUUAAAACUCCGGUGACGGCGAGACAAGUCACGGCGGAUUAUCCCGGCUACGUACUGUUAGAUUCCGAAGCCGUUAAACACUUUGGAGUUCGCGCCAAACCGCUUGAGCCGAGCCAGAUCUUAAAGCCGAAGAAGACGUAUUUUCUAGUCGAGCUUCCGAAGCUUCCGCCGGAAAAUGAUAAUAAGCUUCCGUACCGGCGAGUAAUGUCCGGAAUCCACGUCGGCGCGAAGGAGCGGUUAGAGAUGUUGAUGCUGUCUCGGAGAACGGUUUCUGAUGUGGCGAUCGGUAGAUCCGACGGCGGAGAUGGGCCUGGGCUUGGGCUUGGGCCUGGUCAGACGAGCGUGAGGCUGAGGCUGCCUCGAUCGCAGAUUACCAAGUUUAUGGAGGAGAGCAAUGACGCUUCCGAGAUCGCCGAGAAGAUUCUAAGUCUGUAUAGGGAGAGCUCCGGAGAGAUUGGCGGCGGUGAUAGCCGCCGGAAACUUGGAACCGGGGAGAUUAAGGCACGUGAGAAGCAGGUGAGUUUCGCCGGAGAAGGUGGACGGGAGCUUCCUAUUCUAUGGAGCAGAAAUGGAAAAUAA